AUGCCGGUAAUGAAAGUCGCCCUCGUAACCUGCAGCACAAGGGAGCCACGCAUCAACCCCUUCAUCACGAAAUACGUCCACGACAUCAUCCAGGAAGACUGGUCGGACAAGGACACGAACAACGAAAAAAGCAAGGAAAUCAACCUCUUUAUAAUAGACCUCCGCAACCAAAACCUCCCUCUCUACAACGAAGCAGCAAUACCAUCGCACCUAUCAUCGACAGACCCAACGCCGCAGUAUACCCAUGCACACACGCGCGCAUGGUCAGCGCUCGUGCGCCAAUACGACGCUUUUAUAUUUGUCACUCCGCAGUAUAACUGGAGCAUCCCGGCGAGUUUGAAGAAUGCGCUGGACUAUCUGUUCUACGAGUGGAAGGGGAAGCCUGCGGGGAUUGUGACGUAUGGUGGGAGGGGAGGGGGGAAGGCGGGGGAUCAUUUGAGGGGUGUUUUGACGGGGCUGAGGAUGAGGGCUGUGGAGACUGCUCCGGGGAUUGUUGUACAGGGGACGGUUAUGGAGGGUUGUUUGGACAGGGGGGAGGUUAGUAUGGAGGAUAGAGAGGCCUGGAGGAGUGGUGGUGUUGAGGAUGCGAUUAGGGAAAUGUUUAGGGAGUUGUUGAAUGAGCUCCUUGAGCAAUGA